GCUCCUAAUCGUCCGGAAUCUUCUGGACGAAAGGUUUUGCCUGUUGCCGAGUCAUCAGCCUCCAAGGUCAACUUUGCAGCCCAUCCACUAUGUCGUUCUUUUAAAUCGGUAGAAUAUGAGGCCCUACAGCCCAGAAACAGUGAUGCCAAGUCCUUCCUCAGUCCGAUAUUCUUCUUGUUUAGGUUGGUGCGCGCCAGCUUGCUCGAGCAAGCCGCCCUCAACACUGGCCCUCCGGAGACAGAUUCUACUCAAAUGACUGGCUCGGAUGCUUUUACCGCAACUGGCAAGACAUUUUUACAUGAUCUACUGCCUCAAAUGUCUGAGUCCGGUGAUCUCAAAGCUGAGGCUGGCUGUACGGCCGGCAUCAGUAGCGUGCCAAUGGGUAACUGUAGUGGCAAUAUGGCGUCAAGUCGAGGAGACGGAAAAAGUCUCCGCGCCAAGAAAUGGGCUAUAUGGGCUCUCGAACUCUGGCUGCUGGCUCUUCGAAGCCUUUCCCGCCUUGGACACCACUUCGACUUGUGGCCGUGUGAAAAUUCGGCAGAUUUGGAAUCAACUGUCAAGGCUGAAACCCUCGGCAUUGCCACAUCUGUUGAUGGGGACCGUUCACUGCUCAACGAUAGGCGAUCUCAGCGGGACCAGUUGGCCGCCAAGCUAAAUUGCAGUCUUGACGAGGCCGUUAUGGUGGUGCGCCAACGGGGCGAGGACCCUACACGACAUAUCGGUCUGCUCGUCUGUCAUUGUCUUGUGACAGCCGUUUCGUCUCCAGACGGCUUCCAAAUUCUCUACCAUGCGAUGGCUUCUCUUGCUGUGGGCAUGGUUCAUCAGACUGGCUACUUUCGUCGUAUGAUCGCAAUAAUAUGUGAUCUGGCUGAUUUCCACCGGUUAGUACAACACUCACUGGUGCUAGUCGUGUCAUCCGUUAACCUUUGCAGGAAAAUGCUUUUUUAUGGUUAA